AUUUCUUUUUUACUUGAGCUGUUCCAAAGCUUACAUCGAUUACCACUACUACUACUGACCUACUGUCAAUAACGCAACAGUUGAAUUGCCCCUUAGUGUGAAGUAUAAUAUACGAACGUAAAUCUCAAGAAUGUUAUUGAGGAAACUGACUGACACUCUUCUAAUAAACAACCUUAAGCAUUCCGCUUGCAAUGAGUUCAGGAAUUGGCCCAAACGGAGUUUCUCUGCUCACGGUAGCGGGCAAGUGGUCUCACAACCACAGAAGAAACUAACUGCUCGUCAAGAGGAAUUGAUGAAACGGGGCCUUCCAAAGCGUACAAAAAUUCCAAAUGUUGAGAAUAUAAUUGUUGUUGCAUCAGGAAAGGGAGGAGUUGGAAAGUCAACCACUGCAGUAAAUUUGGCACUAGCACUCUCAGAUGUGGAAAGUCAAAACAAAGUAGGGUUGCUGGAUAUGGAUGUGUUUGGGCCUUCUAUUCCUCGCAUGAUGAAUUUAUCAGGAUCUCCAGCAUUAACAAAAAAUGACUAUAUGAUUCCCCUAACAAAUUAUAAUAUUAAAUGCAUGUCAAUGGGUUUUCUUGUUGAAGAAAAGGCAGCAAUUGUAUGGCGUGGUCCUAUGGUAAUGUCUGCUGUUCAGAGAUUACUACUUCGUACUGAAUGGGGAGAACUUUCACAUCUUGUUCUUGACUUGCCUCCAGGAACUGGUGACACCCAGCUUUCCAUAUCUCAGUUAGUUGAAGUUACUGGUGCAGUAAUAGUUUCCACACCACAGGAUAUUGCUCUUCUAGAUGCACGCCGUGGAGCUGAAAUGUUCAGUAAAGUAAAUAUACCAGUACUUGGCAUGGUUCAGAAUAUGAGUAUAUUCACCUGCCCAAAAUGUGGACAUCAGGAACAUAUUUUUGGUCAAGAUGGCGUUCAAAAUAUGGCAACUGAACUAGGUAUAGAUUUACUAGGGGAUGUUGCCUUGGAUCCCAAGAUUCGUCAGUGUGCUGAUGAAGGCCAGCCUAUUAUAAUUUCCCAUCCUAAAAGUGCUCAGGUGGCUAUUCAAGAACUAGCCAGCAACAGCCGUCAGAGAACAUAGGUGCCAUAGUUGUAGGAUUGGGUGACCGUGACUCCCACGGACGUUUGUCUGCUGAUAGGAGUGAGCUACCUUCAUUGGUGGAUGAACAGAAUGUUUUGGAAGAAGAAGAGGAGAAUCAGGAGUUUCUGGCUUAUUAUGCGGAGGUGAUUGAUUUGAUUCGUCAAUUCAAUAAUAUCUCAAGGUCUGAAACUCCUUCCAGCAUCGCUCCGUCUGGAAUUGAAGCUCUAUUGGGACUGAAAAAGAUUUUAGGUGUCAUAUGAUUACCAUGCUCAAGUCAUGCAAUCUGUGUUGCAACAUGUUAAUGCACAAAUUUCUGGAAGGGAUGAAUUUUUGAGGUCAAAUAGAUCUUUCAAAUUUCUUCCUCCGCUGUUACCGAGACAUAUGAAAUGUUAUGCAACACCUGUUAUUCCAUAACUAGGAAAACAGAUCAAUCCAGAUGUGUGAAAUUAAGACCUGGCAUAACCUUAGAUCAGGUGAAGAUGGAAUGCCCCUCAUUUACUUGUCAAGAAGCUGCUACAUUGGAGGCAGCAGCUUCUAUCUUUCAAAUGGCUUCAUAGUUAAACAUUUGGUCAACAACAGUGCCUAAGAUUACGUCUUCAGAGUCAACCAGGAGAUUAAAUGAGACAACCUUUAUCAGAUUGCUUCAAUCUGGUUCCAAAGCAAUUUCAUAUUUGACAAACUUGAGUGCCAAUGUAUGGGCUAAUAUCCUGUUCAUGAGGAGAGAUGCAGCAUUGGCUAAAUUAAGCUGUACUAUUGAUUUGGACUCUCUAUCACCCAUUCAGAAUGGAGAUAUCUUGGUCAAAAUUUCUGUUACCAAAAGGUAUACUAGACGCUGCAGUUGAUAAAGGAUGGACACCAAUGAUAGAUUAAUUCAACAGGCAGUUAAUAAAUUGUCUGGAAACAGUCCUAGUGAAAUAAAAUGACAACAACAAACACCACAAAAGAGAGUAGUGAGGCAUAAUCCUUCCCCCUAGAUCAGCAAGACCUUCUCCAGGAAAGAAAUUAUCUCGGCAGACCUUUUGCAAUACAGCCAACAGAGGAAGGGGCAUUAGGGGCAGGGGGAGGGGUUCGAGACGAUAGACUGGGCGCCUCUCACCUUUCUGGUAGUCACACCAGUGGGAGAAUGUCUGGCGAGUCAUUGGAAGGUGUGGCAGGGAUCUGGAGCAAAGCAGUGAAUAGUGGAUGUUCUCAGAGUAGGGUAUCUGUUCCCAUUCGACUUACUCGACCCCUGGCAGAAAAACCAUUACCACACCUCUCUUAGACUUCUGGGUCUCAGAAACUCCUUAUUCUGAAAGAAGAAAUGAAGAUGAUGGAGAAGGGAGCUGUAGAGCAAGUAGCAUUCCCAUCAGGUGGAUUUAACAAGCUGUAUUUUCCUUGUUCCCAAGCCCCAUGGAGAUUGGAAGACAGUUAUAGAUCUGUCAACAUUGAAUCUUUUCAUAAAGAGGACGAGAUUCAGGAUGUAGACCCCAAGGACAGUUCUAGCAGUAAUUAGGGACAAGGAUUUUACGCUGACAACAUACUUGAAGGAUGCAUACUUUCAGAUUCCAAUCCAUCAUUCUUCCAGGAAGUUUCUUUGCUCCAGUCAGGCACAGAAGGUUUUUCAAUUCAGAGUUCUGUGCUCACUAUUGUGUCGACAUGGCCUCAUGCUCAGGGUUAAUAAGGUACCUGGACAAUUGGCUGUUGCAUUACAUGAACAAUGUAAAUGACUUAAAUUAGCAAUACAUAUUACAAUAUUCUGAGUUCCUAGAAGUAGUAGUAGAAUGAUUGCCAAAUGAAGUGGAUACACCAUGCAAUUUAGUGGGGUCUUACCAUGCACUGGUAUCCACUAGGACAAUUAAACUGCCAUGUACAGCAAGACAGCUUACCACAAUCAAAUGUUUAUGGAUGGUGGCCUUCUUCAUACAAGUGACAUGCUAAUAAUGGUGUAACUCACUGAGGAGUGCUCACUGGUGUCUUGUUAUUUCCUAAUUAGACACCCAUUAGCACUUUGCCACAUUGCAAACAAUGUCAUAACAAUUCAUCUUUACAUAGGGCUGCUCCUACUUGAAAAAGUCACCUAUAAUGGUUCUUAGAUCAGUACAACCUUUAUCAAAUGAUGAAUGUUAAAGAAAAGUUAGGAAAUAAUUUCAGUUUAAUUUCCAAUUGACAUUUUAAUCACAAAGCAACACAGGGCAAUAUGAUAUCCACUCAGAUCUUAUAUACAUCAACAAUCUCAAGACAUUCUUAAUCAUUAAGAGAAAAUAAAUGCAGAUUUCUCCAUCUUGUUUAUGCAAAUGUAAAAUAUACUGAUCUGAUAAUGUAUCAGGUCAGUGCAGACAAAAAUAGUAAACUGCUUUCAACUCAUAAUAUUUAAGUGAAAAAAAGUUAUGCAUUUGGAAUACAAAUAACCACUAAUCAACAUCACAGAAGUUAAAAAUUAUGCAAUAUAUUAGCGAACUCGAGAUCCAGAUUCUCUUGAGUGAUAAAAGGGGCAGCUGCUUUUAUAAUGGGUUUCUUUUGUGAUAUGUAGCAAAUAAUCUGUAGUGCUUAUCCAGUGCCUGUUGAUGUAAAAAUGUGUACAUGUCACCUACCAACUGGCUAUACCUA